AUGGCGUCAAGAUGGCUUCCGCUAGUGCUAUUGGCUGUAUACUUCCAUGUUGGGACAACCAACAAACUGCCAGUUUUCACACAGGAUAUGGAUAAUCUUGCGUUAUCAGAGAGCAUGCCAGUGGGAGAUGUUGUGUACACGCUUCAAGGUACCACUGAUCCUGAGGGGCUACCAAUAAAAUAUGGAUUGGUGGGCACAGAUAAAUUUUCAGUCAAUUCCGCCACUGGGGAAGUGACACUUGUUAAGCCUUUAGAUCGAGAGAAAGAAGACACAAUAAAGUUCCUAGUGUCAAUAGAAAAUGAGGAUCCGGAAACUUCAAACCCUUUAGUUCAGACUCAACCAGUCACAGUCAUUGUGUUAGAUGAAAAUGAUAACCCACCCAUAUUUAAGAAUGUCCCAUAUGAAGUGGAUGUCCCAGAAGAUGAAGAAAUAGGGACGACAAUAUUGCGAAACAUCGAAGUGGAGGAUAAAGACUCUGUGGGAGAUAGUUUAGAAGUCGGUUGUGUGCCAAAUGAACAGUGGCCAGAAGCUUGUGAGGUCUUUGAAGUGGUCACUUUACAUUCGACAGCGAAUCUGUACAAUGGAGCACUUGUAUUGAGGAAGAAACUGGAUUACAAUGACAAACAGUUCUACCAAUUCCAGAUUUAUGCUACAGACGGCACCCUCAACUCUUCAACACACAUAGAGGUCAAGGUCAUAGACGUGCAGAACACCCCGCCAGUGUUCAGCGGGUCGCUCACCGGCGCCCUGUCGGAGGACGCGCCGGUGGGCACCGUCGCUCUGGUGGUGAAGGCACGAGACGGGGACAGAGCUCAGCCCAGAGAUGUUAAAUUGGAAUUGAUGACUAAUCCUCUGGACUUCUUCUGGCUUGAUAGUAAAACGGGAGAAUUGAAAACAGCUAAGCCUUUAGAUAGGGAAGCUCUAGCUGAUCCUUCGUCUCCGCUCAAUCUCACUAUUAGGGCAAGCGAGAUAGUAAAGGGCGUGCCACUAGUAACCCCGCUAACGUCCUCGCUAGCGCUAGCCACGCUCACCAUACGCGACGUCAACGACGAGCCGCCGCGCUUCAACCGGCGCGAGUAUAACGUCACGUUACCUGAGAGUCUACCACGAGGCACUCCGUUGCCUGGCCUGGACAUGCUCGUCACUGAUACUGAUGUGGGCUUAAAUUCAGUGUUCUCACUUCGUCUGUCCGAUGAAAUGGGAGCAUUCAUAGUGGAGCCAGCAAUAGCUACGGGCACCGCUACUGUUACAUUGCGAUUGAAUUCCACUUUGGAUUAUGAAGACCCUAAUCAAAGGAAGUUUAUACUGGAGGUGAUAGCGGAGGAGGUGCACACGCGGCCGCGGCUGCGCUCGCGCGCCAGCGUGACGGUGGCAGUGCGCGACGUCAACGACAACGCGCCGCAGUUCCCGCGCGGGCCGCACGCCGCCGCCGUGGCCGAGGCCGCGCGCGCCGGCACGCGCCUGCUCGCGCUGCGCGCCGUCGACCGCGACUCCGGCAGAUUCGGCACAGAAGGCAUAGUGUACGAGCUGUCAGGUCACGGCGCGGAGCUGUUCCACGUGGACAACCGCAGCGGAGUGAUCACGGUGGCGGCCUGCGAGACGCCGGGCUUACCUCCUUGUCUGGACUACGAAACUAGGAAGGACUACUUCCUACAGUAUAAGGCCACAGACGACGAUGGAACAGGGCAGAGUACAGUGGUCUCUCUACAGAUAUCGCUAACAGAUUCUAACGACAACCCGCCAGUGUUCACCACACCGGUGUACAAAGCGUCCAUAGAUGAAGAUGCUGUUAAGUUUGAACCAGAAUUAGUGGUCCAAGCCCGAGACGUCGAUACAACAUCAGAUAUCCGGUAUUCCAUAGUAUAUCCGCCAAACUCUCCCUUCUGGAUCGAGCCUAUAUCUGGGAGAAUAUCAGUGCUGGGACACGCCAUGCUCAACUCCACCGAGGAUAACCGCAUUGAUCUUACUGUUGUGGCUUCAGAUGGAGUACAUAAUUCAACUUGCAAAGUGGAAAUAACCAUCCGUGACGUGAACAACCAUGCGCCAGUUUUUGAGACCGAUAAGUAUGAAGCGAGCAUCACGGAAGACGCACCCAUUGGCAUGGAAGUAGCAGCGGUGAAAGCGACAGAUCUCGACAGUGGGAUGAACGCGGAAAUCAAAUACGACAUACAAAAGGGCGCGUUGGAGGCCUUCGCGAUAGACAACGCAACCGGAGUGGUGACCGUGGCCUCCAAACUGGACUUCGAUAGACGCAAUACAUAUAGAAUACAAAUAACUGCUACUGAUAUGGGUAUACCAAGUUUAACCGGGUCAACAGAGUUAACUGUCCGCAUAAUCAACGUUAACGACAAGAAACCCUCCUUCACCCCUCCCAUACAAAGGGCUGAAGUAUCCGCGGACGCAGAGAUAGGCACCGUGUUCCACACCCUGGUAGCCGUAGAUCCGGAUAUCACGGAUAAUGGACAACUUGUGUAUGAAUUGGAUACGAACAGGAUGAUACGGGCCGUGGAUAAAAAUGGGAUAGAGGUGUCUUCACAAGGCGCAUUCGACGAGUGGUUCUCGAUAUCCGAUUCGGGCAGUGUGUCGGUGUCGCGGGCGCUGGAUCGCGCGCGCGCCGCCGUCGUCACGCUGCCCGUGGGGGUGCUGGACUCGUCCGCACCCUCGCUGCAGAGGGCGGAGGGUGAAUUAAUAAUCAACAUAGUGGACGUAAACCGACAUGCGCCCGUCUUCGGCCAGCCAGCGUAUGUAGAGAAGAUUCUAGAAGAGCAACCCAUAGGCACCGUCCUCAACACGUACACGGCCAGCGACAGGGAGACGCCUAUCGCCGCCAUCAUCAUACAACCGCCGAGCCCGUACUUUGAAAUAGAUAAUGUUACUGGUGUCGUCAAAUCUAUCCAACGUAUCGACUACGAGAAGGUCCAUUCCAUCAACUUCACAUUAGUGUCCUUCGACUCCGGAGUACCACAGCUUUCGUCGUCUGCUGGUGUUUUCGUCGAAGUGAUCAAUAUUAACGACGAAGAGCCCAAGUUCAGUAAUUCGUCGUAUUACACAGAGUUAGAGGAAAAUGUCGAAGGACAUACUAGCGUGUUGACUGUAACCGCUAUUGAUAAAGACGAAGGGGACUUCGGCCAAGUAACAUACAGUCUAUCCGGCGAAUCUUCGUCUCUAUUCGACAUAGACUCUACAUCUGGUGUUAUCACUGUGGCGGAAAACGCUACCAUCGACCGGGAACAAACCCCUGACCUGUGGUUCCGAGUCACCGCCACGGAUAAUGCGCCCGCGCAUUUGAAGAAGUCAAUAAGUGUGCCCGUGCACAUAAAAGUACUCGAUGUAAACGACAACCCACCUGUGUUCAGUCAGAAAGUAUACAAAAGCACGAUAGCAGAGAACCUUCAGUUGGACCCGCCGGCUGCCAUCUUGCAGAUAUUAGCAGAGGAUAAGGACGAAGGGGACAACGCGAGAAUUGAAUAUAGCAUUGUGGAGCAGACGGAGCCGGGCACAUUCUCAGUGGACCCAGUGUCGGGUAUAAUCUCGCCCGCGCGGCCAGUGACGGGCGGCGCGCGGCACCGGCUGCGCGUGCGCGCGUGGGACGGCGCGCGCGGCGACGGCGCGGCCGUGGACAUCGCCGUGCUGGCCGUCAACGCGCACAGCCCCGUGUUCGUGUCGCCCGACGCGCGCCUCGCCGAGAUAGAGAUACCCGAGAAUGCGGUACAAGCAGACUAUCUCGUAACAACAUUCAAGGCCACAGACGAGGAUGCGGGAGAAAAUGGAAGAAUCUCAUAUUACUUAAAAGUGGACAAUCAAAAUGUAGGCGAAACUCAAGAGUUCAGUCUAGACCAGAACACUGGUGAGCUAAGAACUAAGACAUUCUUAGACAGAGAACAUCAGGCUGAAUAUCAGUUAGUAAUAGCAGCCGUAGACAAUGGAACUCCAGCCCAGUUCGAAACUCUAAGACUUUUGUCCAUCGUCCUCGUGGACUAUGAGGACAAUGCGCCACGUUUCCUUCAAAGACACCAUCAGUUCUCUGUCAGAGAGAAUCUACCUGCUGGCAUUAUUGUUGGUAGUGUCAAAGCAAUAGACAAGGAUUCGGGCGACAACGGCAAAGUAUAUUAUCACGUGCUGGAGGGUAACCAAGAUGGCGCCUUCACUGUGGACAGAACUAGUGGAAUUAUCAGGGCUAACAUGACUUUUGAUAGGGAGAAACAAGACGAAUUCUCAAUGACGAUUUACGCCAGCAACAACCCGAUACUGGAGCACGCCGCCGCCAUCUUGAACUCCAUAGACAACAGCACGGACAGUCCAGACGUCAGCGUGACGUCUGUCAAAAUCAAAAUCCUAGACGAAAACGAUAACGAACCGAAAUUCCAGCAGGAGAUAUAUUAUGCGGGUGUAAAACACACGGCCAGAGUGAACGAGCCGAUAAUAUCGAUAGUGGCAGAAGAUCCGGACCUGGACGAGAACGGCACCAUAAUAUACAUGAUAGCCGCCUCCAACCUGUACAAGUUCGGCGCGUCGCAGUCCAGCGGCAGCGUCGUGCCCUCGCCAUUCAAUAUUACCCAGGAUGGUAUUCUGACGACGGCGCAGUACAUGUCGGAGUACGCGCAGGACCGCUUCGUGCUGGAGGUGCUGGUGCAGGAGCUGGCGCCGCCGCAUCGGCAGGCGCGCGCGCAAGUAUAUGUGUGGGUGAUAGACCGGUCGUCCCUGAUCCGGCUGGUGGUGUCGCGCGGGUGCGGGGCGGGCGGGGACGCGGCCGGCGCGGCGCGGCGGCUGGGCGCGGCGGGCGGCGCGCUGCUGGUGGCGGGCCGCCGCCUGCCGCUGGUGCGCGCCGACCGCCGGUACGACGACUGGUGCGAGAUCCACCUCCACGCGGUGGACCCGGUGACGUACGAAGUGCUGCCGGUGGACAAAGUGCUGGAAACUAUAGACUCCAAGUACGACCAGCUCAAGGACGUGUACCAGCAGUACGGGGUGGAGACGUUGAUAGCUGCCAGUGCUACUUCGAAAGCCCCAGACAGCUUCGACCCCGCGCUGGCGGCUCUCAUCGCGCUACUCAUCGUGCUCUUCACGGGCAUCGUCACCUUCAUAGUGGUCUGCGCUUGUCUCAAACAUUGGGCAACUUAUUCCAGGGUGAUCCCUCCCCCGUCCCUGCAGUCCAGCAAGGGGGACAGCCUCGCCAGGAGGAGGAUCCUGGAGGAGCUGAGCACCACUGAGAACCCGUUGUGGCUGGAGACCAAGCUCCGGCCGUAUGAGGAGCAAGAGCUCACUAUGAACGUGUUCGGAGACCAGAAUGAGCAGAAUGCUGAACAACCACCACCGCCGGACAACACGUACGCGACCAUCCAGGGCAGCCGCGCCACGGAGCGCUUCGGGGACUACGCCACGCUCGCCGGGGACUCCCCCACGCCGCUCGAGGCCGCGCUCGGCUUCCAGGGUAGCACCUUCAAGCCGCCCUCCCCGGACACUCCGGAGCCGCCCCCGCGGCCCGCCGGCCUCGGACCGCUCUCAUGG